AUGGCAACGCAAGUGAAGCUCUUGGGAUUCUGGUGCAGCCCCUUUUCGUUUCGAGUAGAAUGGGCCUUGAAGUUGAAGGGUGUUGAUUACGACUACAGUGAAGAAGACAUCUUUAACAAGAGCUCCACACUACUGGAACUGAAUCCAGUUCAUAAGAAGGUUCCUGUGGUUGUUCAUGAUAACAAAGUCAUCUGUGNCAGCCCAUACACAACACAAGCCAAAGGCAGAAGGAAUAAACCAUGCAGCACAAUCCCAGAUGAAAGACUCCAGAAAUGUAUUAAAAUCAUAGGACCUGCAAUGCCAGCAGCAAAGCUUUCAGAGAGUUUAUCUCUUAAAGGUUUCCCAUACGUUUUUGUGCCAAACACUUAUCAUCCUUCAUCUUUGUUGAGCUAA